AUGGGCCGGCAAGUCCGGCUCAAGAUGGGCCGUCAAUCUUAUGUUGAGUCUUAUGUUGAGUCUUAUGUUGAGUCUUAUGUUGAGUCUUAUGUUGAGUCUUAUGUUGAGUCUUAUGUUGAGUCUUAUGUUGAGUCUUAUGUUGAGUCUUAUGUUGAGUCUUAUGUUGAGUCUUAUGUUGAGUCUUAUGUUGAGUCUUAUGUUGAGUCUUAUGUUGAGUCUUAUGUUGAGUCUUAUGUUGAGUCUUAUGUUGAGUCUUAUGUUGAGUCUUAUGUUGAGUCUUAUGUUGAGUCUUAUGUUGAGUCUUAUGUUGAGUCUUAUGUUGAGUCUUAUGUUGAGUCUUAUGUUGAGUCUUAUGUUGAGUCUUAUGUUGAGUCUUAUGUUGAGUCUUAUGUUGAGUCUUAUGUUGAGUCUUAUGUUGAGUCUUAUGUUGAGUCUUAUGUUGAGUCUUAUGUUGAGUCUUAUGUUUGUUGUUUGGCGCUGUGGUUAAUGGUCGUAGGUCGUCAAGACAAGCGAAUACAGUUGUACAAGAAAAGGGUACAGCAAGUCCAACGCCCUUAG